CCUAUAUUAUCGCCUCCCAAUGACGCCACUCUUUUUGUCUAUACCCACUGCACGCUCACUCUAUGACGGCGAAGAAGACGGCGGCGAAGACUGUAACGAGGACGAAGAGUUUAAUGUAAUGGCAUUGAGGAAAAUGGUGAAGAUUGAGAGAGGAAGGGCGAGGAAAGUGAGGAAGGAGCUAGAGAAGGAAAGACUGGCUGCGGCGUCGGCGGCGGAGGAGGCGAUGGCGAUGAUCCUGCGGCUUCAGAGCGAGAGGAGCAGCGUCGAGAUGGAAGCAAAUCAGUACCGUCGGAUGGCCGAGCAGAAGCAAGUGUACAAUGAGGGAAUCAUUCAGUCAUUGCAGUGGAUUGUGGCCAAGCAUGAGGAAGAAAGGAGUGGUUUGGAAGAUCAACUGAGGUUGUGCAGGAGAAAGCUCAAGAUAUUCAUGAAAGAAAGUGAAAAGGAUGAAUCGGAAGAAGAUCAUAUGACUUCAACCUUAGAAGACUAUAGCCCACUGGAUGAUAUGGGGUCAGUUGUUAGUUCUCUUGACUUUGAUGGCUAGGUUUUUCUUUUGUAUUUAUUAAACAAAUGUCUGUUUAUGAGACGGUGUACCAUUUAAA